AUGAAAAAGGCGUGGAGAUGUGUUUUAACGUUGAUUGUGGUACAGGGUGCAUUUCAAGAGCUUAAGCUGUACGGAUCUCCAUCUCAAGCUGAAGUGCAGUGUGUCAAUACAUUUGAGGAAAUCGGUAAUGGCAGCGGUGGAGAUGAAAUUGACAUUGAUAAUUUUUUGGUGGACCAAGAAGAAGGUGAUGCUGAAGGAUCUGGCCGCUAUGGGACUAUGCCCCCACCGUUCCCACCGUUGCCGCCUGGAUUGGAUGGAUACCCACUUCGAUUAAGGGGUGAAAAAGGGGACCGAGGACCAAGGGGUCCUCCUGGAGAAUCCAUUCGUGGCCCGCCUGGACCACCUGGACCACCUGGUCCACCUGGAACACCUGGCACACUUCCUGUAUCCGAGUUUUCUGGUUCUGGAGACGAUCAAAUAUUUGGCGAGCAUUACGCAUCACUAGGACAGUGUGGCUGUAAUUCCAGCAUUAUAUUAUCACUGCUUGAGAAAGCUCCUGAACUGCAAGGACCUCCAGGACCGCCCGGAAUAAUGGGUGCUGAGGGUCGCACUGGCGCACCCGGCAUUGCGGGUCAACCAGGAAUGCCGGGCGAACGAGGACCGUCAGGACCUCGAGGCGAAAAGGGUGAAAGAGGAGAUAUGGGACCGCGUGGACCAGAAGGACAGCCCGGUCCUAAGGGCGAACCGGGAGUAGACGGAAGAACAGGCAGCCCUGGUCCACCAGGACCACCCGGCCCACCAGGUCCAUCAGACUACAGUAAUUUUGAAGAAUCACUACUGGGAUCGUACGGUGGAGUUAUCGGCCGACCAGGAGCACCAGGUCCCAAAGGAGAUGCGGGACAACCGGGUCCAAUGGGACUGCAAGGAGAAAGAGGAUUUACGGGACAGAAAGGUGAAAGAGGACAACCGGGUCAAAAUGGAGCCAAAGGCGAACGAGGGCAUCCAGGUCCUCAAGGAGAACGAGGCCCGAAAGGAGAUCGUGGAAGCCCAGGUCUAGAUGGCCGACCGGGUUUGCCAGGGGCAAACGGACGAUCUGCUGAAAAAGGAGAAAAAGGUGAACAAGGGUUGCCUGGUCCACCGGGGCCUCCUGCAGCGCUUUCUACCGAUUUAAGUUCGGAUAACCCCGAAUUUUUUUCGUCUAGACAAAGACAGAUACUGCAAGAAAAAGGAGAAAAGGGCGAAAAGGGUGAAAAAGGUGACCAAGGUAAUGAUGGUAUGCCGGGUUUCCCUGGAGAAGAUGGAAAACCAGGUGACAGAGGCGAUAUUGGACCAUCAGGAAUGCCGGGUGUAGCUGGCCCACCGGGUCCGCCAGGACCUAAAGGAGAAAGGGGAGAAAGGGGACCACCCGGACCUAUAAGCAUCACCGCUCCGGGUUCUGAUAUUCUUACAAUUAAGGGUGACAAAGGGGAACCAGGUUUUCGAGGAAGACGAGGAAGGCCCGGAGCUCCCGGACCAAGAGGACUUGAAGGUCCUCAAGGUAUACCUGGCCCACCAGGGCGUCCUGGCGAUAAAGGUGACAUUGGUCUACCAGGGUGGAUGGGACGCCCAGGUACUUUAGGCCCUCCAGGUGCUCCAGGACCAGUUGGCCCUAAGGGAGAAAAGGGCGACCCAGGAGUGAAUAUUCUAGACGUAUCUAUGGUAAGUAACCUUUUUACUUAA